AUAUUCAGCUUCUUUCUUCUUCCGCAGACUCUCCCUGUAAUAUUCAUCUCUUCUGCUACUCUCUUUGAUUUCUCAAUUCGAUCAAUUCUUCAGAUUCUUGUAAUCAAAUUGUUAAUAUGGUAUCAGAUUAGGUUCCGAUCUCUAUCAUAUGAUUUCACCUUUUUUUCUCUCGAUUUCUAUAAUCGAUCUUCAUCAUAUGAAACCCUAGUUCUUCGCUCAAUUUUUUGAUGCGAUGAGUCAUUCUGCUACGUUACCCUUGCAUCCUCUUGAUGAUCCUUCAUCUCCGUACUAUCUGCAUCCAAGCGACCAUGCCAGUAUGCGUAUCAUCUCUGAAACGCUUCAUGGAGACAAUUUCGAUGUUUGGCAGAAGUCGGUUGUGAUGCAUUUUCUGUAAAAAACAAGAUAAGGCUUUUCUAGAUGGUUCCAUCGAGCAGUCCAAUAACUUGCGCAUCGGAGUUCUACGACCAAUUGCCAGCUGAACGCAGGGGAGGAGGAUGUCGGCCGCUUGCAGACCCUAGCCGGGCAGUCCAGCCUACGAUUCCAGCGCCGCCUGGGACCACAGGUUCUCCUACAGGAUGCCUUUCUGCAAAGACUGAUGUUGCGCUCGUCUUUCCUCGGGAAGAGAGCAAGGGCUGCUACAAGGCUGGAUUUUUGCCGAUGGAUUGCGAGACCUGCAACUGAACCACCAUCCAGAUUCUAAUUCCAAGUUUUCUUCUUCGCAAAAACAGCAGCCCUAUUCAUUUAGUGCCGCUGCCACCAAUCAAUCCGGCUGGUUUGUGGCUACGGAAGAAGAAAUUUCCAAGCUACCCCUCCUGUUCAGCCUACUACUAACGCACACUCCAACUCGAGAUGCCCACAGAUUGUUUUCUCGGUGGAGGAGAUUCGGGAGCUAUACAAACCAUGGUCUAAGGCACUGUUAGUGAAGGUUCUUGAAAGAAAGUUCUCUUUGGAGAAAGCGGUGAAGAAGCGACUCUAAUCUCUUUGGAGAAAACAGGGAGAAAUUCAGGUUUCUGAUAUGACCAAUCGGUGUUAUUCUGUCCACUUUGCAUCAAAAGAGGACUAUCUUCGGGCAGCUUUCGGAGGACCAUGGAAGAUCUUUGAUUACUACUUUGCUAUAUCGGCAUGGACUCCGGACUUUGAUGUUCAUGCACCCGUACAAAAGAUCUUAUCAUGGAUUAACCUUCCAUCAUUACCUCUCCAUUACUUCCAUGAGAUGGCUAUUACACGUAGUGCAGGUCAUGUUGGAAAAGUAAUUCGAAUUGAUGUUGCCACUGCAUUGGGCGAGCGUGCACGUUUUGCACGUGCAUGUGUGGAGAUUGACCUUUCCAAACCUCUCAUCGGUACGGUCAUAUUGAAAAUUCAUGUGCGGAAGCCACAUUGCAAAUGGAGACAGAGAUCACUUCACUUUAUUCUAAUAUGCUGGAGCAACCUAUUGAUGACUUGGGGGAGUGGAUGAUCCCUGGUCGUCGCGGUCGACGCAAAACAUGCCGGAAAAAUGCCACUAGUACGACGGUUGAGACUCCCAACACUAGUAUGUGCUUCUUAGGCAUCCUACUGAUAAUACUCUUUCUCCGACCAUUGCUGGUGACACUCUUCCACAGGCGUCUGGUCUGAUGCUUAAGGCUAAAAAUAAGAGUAAACCUGCGAAGGCCCAGAAGCAACCUGGAAUGCAUGCUAAGCCUGGACUACCGCCUUCACCUCCUGCGGACACACAAUCUCGAGUUCCACCUAAUCUGAAGCCUACAUCUGAACCUGAUCUGAUUUCAUCUUCCACGCCUACUCCUAUGUUGAAUACUGCUCGUAGGAAGGGCCGCCCGCAGAAGAAUGCUCAGAGUUCUUUUUUUAGCAAGAAAACAGAGAUUUUAUUGAUAAAAUUGAGAGUACAAUGCGAAAAAGGAAAGAAAUAAAGAAAAAAAAGUACAAGAAAGAAGAAAAAAUAAAAGUACUAAAUUAAAGGAAAAGGAGGCUAAUCCCAUGUGAAGUCUCUCGAUUGGGACCUAGUUCUCAUGCUGUGACGCCUCUUGUUCUUUUGAGACUUCCUGUAGAUUUUUAGCUGCGUGUUCAAAUUCUCGGUCGGCAGACAAUUUUCUGGGUUGAUGAAAUUAGCUUUCCGGCAGAUCGCAGUAUUGAAAUUUGAUUUCCUAAUUUCUUCCGGGUAUGAAAUAGGCGGACGACGAUCGCUCUCGGUUGCAUGUCCCAAGAAAUCACCAGUAAAUAGUGAGUCAUCUGAAUGGUCUAAAUCGUCAGAUGCAUCUGAUAAAGCCUGGUUCAAUGGCUGUUCAGGUUGUUUCCCAGCGUGGAAAACAUUGUUUUUCUUACUAUCUGCCGCUUGGAUCUGAUAAUUUAAAAUCAGUUUAGAUAUGGAUGUGUGAUCCUCAGAGUUCAAGAAAGAAGGAUGACUUUUCUGGUACGUUAGCACAAACAUGGCAAAAGACAUUUCCUGCUAAUACCUCACUACCCAAACUUCCUCAAUCAGAUAGUUCGGUGCCUCUUUCCAUACUCAAACGGGGGUCCCUUGUUGAUGGUAUGUUUGGUAAGUCUACUACUUCUACUGCCACAACUUCAACAACCAUGGAUGCUCACAUGCAUACCUCAAACACAAUGACUCCAAACAUGUCCUCGCCACCGCCGCCGGUAUGUAUUGAUUCAUCUAUUUCUGGUUCGAUGUCUGUAACCCCUGGGAAUGCUCAUGGGGAGCGCCCCAUGGAUACCUCCUCUUAACCAGGGAAGACCUUUACAUAUUUUUUUAUGAUGUGUAUUGUGUACAAUAUUUACUUGGAAUUGUCGUGGGGCAAAGCAUGAUGAAUUUCUUCCCAGCUUUAGAAAUUAUAUGUCUCGUUAUCGACCACGGACUGUUGUUAUCUUUGAAACCCGUAUCAUCAGAGUCAUUGGCCAUCGUAUUAUUAAUCAACUUGGUUUUGAUGGUAGAAUUAUCUCGGAAGCUCGUGGCUUUUCUUGGGGUAUCGGGUUUCUUUGGAACUCAUCACUAGUCACGGUGGAAGAGAGGGCAAUCACUGGUCAAACUGUUCAUGUGAGUGUGACAGCUCAUGAGGGUAGCCAAUUCGCCUUCACAGUUGUUUACGCUUGUCCACAACCUUUGGGACACACUUUUCUCUAGGACAUCCUCCGGGUGAUUGCACGAACAGAAACAUUACCCCGGGUAAUAAUGGGGGAUUUUAACGCCGUCCUUUCAACAGAGUAAAAGAUUGGGGGUGCGGAGUUUGACCCGAUUCAUGCGACACCCUUUCAGAAUUGCAUUGACUUGUGUCGCCUCAUGGACUUGGGUUUCACCGGCCCCGGAUUUACCUGGUAUCGUGGGUCCCUUUGUGAACAGUUGGAUCGGGCGUUGGGUUCGCAGAACUGGCUCACUCAUUUCCCGCACUCCUUGGUGCAACAUCUUCCUCGUGUGCGGUCCGAUCAUCGCCUUAUCUUGCUAUCCUCUUCUGGUAUAAACCCGCCUCACACUGGUAAAAGUCCGUUUCGGUUUCUUGCUCCCUGGCUAUCACUGAUGAUUUUCCACGGAUCCUUGCAUCCUCUUGGCGGCGAGACAUGCCGUUACAUAAUGCACUUCAUUCUUUGGGUGAGAAGCUUCAACGAUGGAACAUAGAUGUGUUUGAUUUGAUUCAUAUCCGGAAAGCGACAUUGAUUCAGCAAUUAUCCGAGUUAGAGGACUUUAAUUCACGUGGUGGGUUGGCCCUCUCCCGCCGUCGUGAAGAAGAUACUCGGCAUGAUCUGGAAACCACACUUUGGCAAGAGUCACUUCUCUGGAAGCAGAAAUCCACUUCUCAGUGGAUUGUAGACGGUGAUCGUAACACUUGUUUCUUUCACCUCCUUACUCUCAAACGUAGGUGUGAUAACAAAGUUCUUGCUCUGAAAGACGCAACAGGGAAUUGGGUUGAAGACAAACAAGCUCUUCUUUGCAUGGCCCAUGAUUAUUUUAUUAAUCUUUUCCACGAAGUUGGGAACUUAGGUGCCCAGCUUCCUAACGGCUUCACCCCCAUCUCGGCCGAUGUACGAUGACGCCUCCUACUCCUUCCAUCACCUGAUGAAGUCAAGCAAGCUGUCAUGGAUAUGGGGAGUUUGAAAGCCCCCGGAAAGGAUGGCUUCCAACCAACCUUCUUCCAGAAAUGCUGGGAUCAGGUUGGUGAAUCAAUGGUUAUGUUUGUUACUGAUUGCUUUAAAAACCCUUCUCAGGUGGCAAUGGUCAAUGACACCCUUUUGGUGGUGAUCCCUAAAGUGCCACGACCGGAGUCAACGAAGCAAUUUCGGCCAAUUAGUCUUUGUAAUGUUGCUUAUAAAGUUAUUAUUAAGCUUCUCACUCCCCAUUUGAAGCAUCACAUGAGGGGUUGGGUCCACCCCACACAAUCCAAUUUUGUCCCUGGGCGACACAUCACUGACAACAUCAUCAUCAUCCAAGAAGUAGCCCACUCCAUGGAAAAUGACUGGGGAAGAACUUGACACAUGGAUCUCAAAAUUGAUCUUGCUAAGGGUUCUGACUGCAUUCGUUGGGAUUUUUGGCCGACACUCUAUCUUCCACAGGUAUUCCGGCUGAUAUUAUCUCUCUUAUCAUGGCUUGUGUCUCUACAAAUCGAUUUCAGGUCUUAUGGAAUAGUGAAAUGACUGAGCAAUUCCGACCGACUAGAGGUCUCAGGCAAGGGUUCCCGUUGUCCCCCUUUUUUAUUCACCCUCUGCAUUGAACGACUUAGCCACCUCAUUAAUGUUGCAGUGGCGAAUGGUGAGUGGAGGCCAAAUGCUAGCCUGGGACGGACCGGCUCUCUCCCGUAUUUUCUUUGCAGAUGAUCUUAUACUAUUCGGUGAGGGGUCAAAGGUCCAGGCUCGUGUCAUUAACCGUUGCCUCGAUGAUUUCUGUUCAGCGUCUGGUCAAUCUGUUAGCAAAGAAAAGUCAGUGGUUUUUUUCUCCAAAACUGUCCCUAGGCUUGAUGCAGCUCGCAUUGCUUCCUCUCUUGGCAUGUCGACUACGCAAAACUUGGGUAGAUAUUUGGGGGGUUCGAGUACUCCAUGAAAGGGUGACUAAUGGUACGUACCAGACCAUACUGGAUCGCAUGGGCCAGAAGCUCGCUGGUUGGAAAGCUUCAACACUUGCUCUUGCUGGACGAGUUACUCUUGCCCAAUCUGUGUUAUUUGUGAUUCCUGCUUAUGUUAUGAAAACUUCGGUGCUCCCUAGUCAUAUUUGCAGUGAAAUUUAUAAAAGAAUCAGGAAUUUUGUUUGGGGUACCACCGCGGAGGAGAGGAAAACUCACCUCCUCUCUUGGGAUGCCAUCUGUCAACCAAAACAACAGGGUGGUUUGGGGCUCCGCUCAACUAGACAGCUUAAUCAGGCAUAUAUGGUAAAAUUGGGUUUUCAAUUCCUUACCAAACUAGAUGAAUUGUGGGUGCAAGUGCUUCAAACUAAGUAUCAUCGGGAGAUAGAAACAAGAUUUCAGGCGCAACAUUCCUUUUCCAAAUCAGUGAUUUGGCAUGGGAUCAUGGCAGCCCUACCUAUAGUGGAGCUUGAAAUGAGGGAUAGAAUCCGAGAUGGCCGCAACAAACCUUUCUAGACUACUCGUUGGCUGGACUCGGGCGAGAAACUUAUCGACCAUAUUCUUCCUUUUACUCCAGAACCAGACUUCUCUGCCCCCCGUGUCACGAUUCUGCACAACUUCUGGUGAGUGGGAUUUCCCCUUUCUUCGUUCCUUGAUCUCAGAAAAUCUGGUGUUGCAUAUGGCAUGUAUGUCCCUCCCUCACCCUGGUAGUGGAGAAUAUGUUCUUGUUUGGGGUUGUGAAAAGGAUGGCCGCUUCAGAAUUCGGUCAGCAUAUGCCCUACUUGGUGGACAGAUUAACAUAGAAGAAGAACCUGACUGUAGAGUGGUUUGGCGUUGGCGUGGCCCCAAUCAUAUUAGACAUUUCCUUUGGCUCGUGGCACACAACCGGCUACUAACUAAUGAGGAAAGAAGACGUAGGCAUAUGGCAACAGAGGGCGUCUGUUCACGCUGUAACCAACACCAGGAAACAGCUCUGCAUGUGCUACGAGAGUGUCCUUUUGCGGUUACCACUUGGGAGCAUCUUGCCUAUCUUGCUACUGAUCGAAUGAACUGGGAGUCCCCACUUCUUCCUUGGAUCACACACCACCUGAAGGCAUCGAGCAAUAGUCUUAUUUUUGGGGUUGCCUGUUGGUCUCUCUGGAAGGCCAGAAAUGAGGUUAUUUUUACUGAUAUCUGCACCACCCCUGAGUCCCUUGCUCAGCGUAUUCGACAUUUUGUUGAGUCUAUUGAAGAGGCUUUGAUACUUGAGCAAUCAACACAUACCUGUCUACCAACCAAAAUGAUGGUCGAUGUCUCUUGGCCGCUGCCGCCCUCGUGGGUGGCUCUAAAUUCUGACAGGUCAGUUAUUCCUCAGACUAGACGAGCAGCUGCAGGAGGGUUGUUCCGUGAUUCCGAUGGCCGCUGCUUAGCAGCAUACUCGAUGAACCUAGGUAUUUGCUCGAUCACUAGGGCUGAAAUGAGAGAUGUUGUACAAGGAUUACAUUUUGCUUGGGAGUUUGGCUAUCGCCAGGUACGAGUGCAGUUGGACUCACAUGCAGCUAUUCAACUUUUGAUGGAAGAAGGUGAGCGUGCUCACCAGCAUUCCUCUAAGGUUGCACAAUUUCACGAGCUUUUAAAUCGAAAUUAGACGGUCAGAGUUGAGCAUAUUUAUCGGGAAGGUAACCGGGCAACAGACUUUUUAGCUAGCCUAGGCCAUAGAUUACCUAUUGGUGUUCAUUCUAUUUCUAAUGUUGAUUCUAGAUUAUCGUUUCACAUUCUGUAUGACUUGCUUGGGAUUUCCCAGCCUCGUUUGAUCGUUAAUAACAGGUAGGAGCUAAUGCUCCUAUGUUUCUACCAAAUAAAUAAAUGAAUAAAUAAAUAAGCAUAUAGAGUAAGUCAAAGUGCCAAGCUAUCAAUAGUUUAUUACACACCCAAAUUGAACAAGCUUUGUUGAUGGUACGCACAAUAGUUUGUUAUGGAGGUCAUUUAAAAAAUUCCAAGUUCAAAACAUAAAAGUAACAAACUAAAAUAUUGGCAAAUUCAUAUUUUCCUUUCAUGGUUUUAUGGUUUAUUGGUUAACCGUUAAUGGUUGAUCAAAUUUUUGGUUAACCGAUAUACAGUUAACCAAUGUUAUGGUAUGGAUAACGGUAUUGAAAAUUUAGUAACUGAUGUCACGGUUAACCGAAAAUUGGUUAACCAGAAGCCGGUUAAGCGACCGUGCCCACCCCUAGGUCAAACAAGAUAACAAGGAAAAUACUGUUUUAAACUUUGGUACUGUCAAACUCUGGAGGGGGCCGUUCCUGUUUUUGAGGCCGAUGUUUCUAAGAUCAAGGGUGUUGGAUCCGUCGAGUUUCAAAUAUCCAAGGCCUAUGUUGAUGCUGUGGACUUCCGUGCGAAGAGGCGCCUCGCCCAGAACCUCGGGGAGUACCUGGCCAAGAGCUCUAAUGUGCUGCGGGACGACAUCGAGCUGAUAUCGAAGACCCCCACACGUUGGGCUUUCCUUGAGGAUCUUGCUGAUGAUUCUUUUGCCAAAGGGAUGAUUGGCCUUGUGACAGGCAAUCUCUUGGCUCUUGAGCGUUACAUCCCUG